AAACAAACAAGGUGUUUAUCUCUGCAAAACAGAGAAGACAGCAGUCGGGAGAAAGGCUUUGGUAAAGACUUUGUGGAAGUGAUGGAAAGCACCUGGGAUUUCACUGCUGCAGUUCGUGGUCGGCGCUCAAAGAUGCCAAGCAGAUGGGGAUCACUUCCUGAUUUGUGCUUGGAACAUGUGUUUGGGUUUCUUCCUUACUGCAAUCGCAGAAAUGCAGCCUUGGUUUGCCAUCACUGGUACCGUGUCAUGCACUCUCCCUCUCUCUGGCGCUUCCGUGUCUUCCAGUUCAGUGGUCGGAUGAGCAUAUACAGGCGGUCUGAAGGCCUCUCUGCUGUGGCCUAUGUCCGCUCUAUGGGAAUCUACCUGAAGAGGUUGCAGGUGCUUGUGUAUCCUCCACACAGGAAUUUCAGAGCCCAGAAACUGGAGCAAGCCAUCAAUGACCUGUUGACUGAGCUUCUCAGGGUAAGGGCCCCUCUGCAGUCCUUUUCACUGGUAGGGCUGGAGCUGGAUCGGUGCUGUUGGUCAGUGGAGCCCAAGGACCGAAUAGUAAGUGGCCUGUGCCACUUCCUCAGACGCUCAACACUCACCUCUGUCUGCCUGAACGACAUGCGAAACCACUUGCAUGAUGGUCUGGAAGUCCUCUCUGCCCUGUCACAUUCUCAGUGCCAAGACCACCCCAGGGCCAAUAUCUCUUCUUUGCAGUUGAAGGGAUUCUUUUCUAGUAUUAGGCCUGCAUACCCCAGUGUGUCCGAUGCCUUUUUCCACCUGCACAGCCUCACCAACCUGAGCCUGAAUUACACUUGUCUGUCGAACGAUCUGCUAACUGUUCUCCAGCACGGACACCAACCACUGCAGCAGUACUCCAGCAGGAAGAAAAACACCUUGCAAACAUUUUCACUGUACUGCACUUUGAAUGAUCUGUAUCAACAGCUGGUGUCUGGUGACUUAUGGGCAAGUUUAGCAUCAAGCUGCUCAAACCUGAAAGUCAAGUUUACGGUGGACCAAGUCAUCAACAAUAACCACCUUGCAAGGAUACUGCUGCCUGAGAUUCCCCUGACAGAAUACACCAUGACAGCUUUCUGCACCCCUGACACAGACUGGAGCGCCAAGCCUCUUCUCAAUGACAUGCUGCCUCAGUACAGAUACAGUCUCCAGUAUUUGUUCCUGGACCUGACCAACGAUGAACCACUGGAUGUGGAGUUGCUGCAGCUGGUAAGGGUGUGCGAGUGUCUGGAGCAGCUGACAGUGUGGGCUUUCUUGGAAAUCAAAACUGUGGAAAGGCUGCUGCACAUCAGAAUGACAGAAAGGAACUCACUCAACACCAUCAGGAUGAAAAUCUACACAUUGGAUGAUGACAUUAAAGAGCAGGAAGACCAGCUGGAAAAGAUUUUGUCUUGCUACGAGCUUCUCCCUCCUGAACUGGAGAUGUUUGCCAUAGUCUACCCUUUUAUUGACAGCUGAACACAUGCAGAGCCGACGCACCAGAAAAUAAACAAAUAAAAAAGAAAAAGAAAUGAA